UCACACAAAACCAAAUAAAAAUGACUACUGUUGCUGCUGCCAGUGCUGCCACUACUACUUUUUGUUGUUGUUCUUCUCCUUUAAUUCCAUUCCCACUUUUUAUUUUCUCCAUCGAACUAAUAUUAUUAUUACUUUCAUUAUUUCCCCCACAUCUCUCAUUCAAUCCCACCCACUUCUUCUUCGAUUCUCGCUAUUGCUUUGAUUUCUAGGGUUUCUGCUUCCGUCCGCCUAUGGAGACCGCUUCGGAGGGAGAGAGGAACAGAGCUCAGGCUCAGGCUCAGCAGAAUGAGAUCAGAGCCAAGCGGAAAAUGAAGUCUCGCUCGCAAUUGGAAGCUCUCGAGCAAGCUUAUGCAGUUGAGCAAUACCCGUCGGAAUCGGUGAGAGCUGAGCUGUCAGCGAAGUUGGAUCUCUCCGAUCGGCAGUUACAGAUGUGGUUUUGCCACCGGAGAUUGAAGGACCGCAAGCCGGCGCCGGCGGCGAGUGGAAAGCGGCAGAGGAAGGAGUCUCCGGCUGGAGGUGGUGGAGUGGUUUUGGAGGAAGGAGCACAGCAGUUGAUAAUAGAGGCGCGAGCUGUGGCUUUUGUGGAGGCGCAGCUCGGGGAGAAGUUGAGGGAGGAUGGGCCGGUACUGGGGUUGGAGUUUGACCCCUUGCCGCCCGAUGCAUUUGGUUCGUCUAUAGGAGUGGCAGCUGUUGGGCAGCAGAAGCAAUCAGGAUGGGCAUAUGAUGCAAAUACGUACGAGCAGUCUAAUGCCAAAUUAAUUAAGGGAGGUUCAAGGACUGUCCAUGAAUACCAGUUUCUUCCAGAAAAGCCAACUGUUAGGACAGACACAUAUGAAAGGGCUACCCCAUCUCACCAAUAUGGUUCACCCACUGAAUGUCAUCAUCCAAGGAUUCCAUUAUCUACUGUGUAUGUAAAAGUUCCAACUGUAUAUGGAUUUCAAAGCCCGAUGGCUGGACUAAAUCUGCUGUCACAGCAAGGAAGGGCUGAAGAAUAUGCCAAUGUUCAUGGAAAGAGCUUCACGAAUAUUUCCAUGGAUGCUCAUUUGAGUGCUCACCCGAUUAAUCAACUAAAUAAUCCUUUUAUACCAUUUGCUAGAAGGAUGGCUCAGGAAGAGGAUGAUGUUUUACAGUUGGAACGGAAGCACAAGAGUGAAGAAGCAAGAAUAAUGCGGGAAGUUGAAGCCCAUGAGAAAAUGAUACGUAAAGAUCUUGAAAAACAAGAUAUCCUGAGAAGAAAGAGAGAGGAACAGAUAAGGAAAGAAAUGGAGAGGGUUGAUCGGGAGAGGAGGAAGGAAGAAGAAAGACUAUUGCGUGAAAAGCAGAGAGAGGAGGAGAGAAACCUAAGGGAGCAAAGGCGUGAACUGGAACGACAGGAGAGAUUCUUACUUAAGGAGUCAAUGAGAGCUGAGAAAAUGAGACAAAAAGAAGACUCACGUAGGGAGAAAGAAGCAGCAAGGCUUAAAGCUGCUAGUGAGAGAGCAGUUGCUCGCAAAAAUGCCAAAGAAUCAGUGGAACUCAUCGAGGAUGAAUGCCUGGAACUCAUGGACUUAGCUGCAUCAAGCAAGGGACUUCCUUCAAUAUUGUCUCUUGAUUACGAAACCUUACAAAAUCUUGAAUCUUUCAGAGAUAUGCAGGGUACAUUCCCACCCAAAUCUGUGCAGUUGAAAAAACCUUUCGGUAUUCAACCUUGGAUAGAUUCAGAGGAAAAUAUUGGCAAUCUUCUUAUGGCAUGGAGAUUCUUAAUUACAUUUGUGGAUGUUCUUGGGCUUUGGCCAUUUACUCUCGACGAAUUCGUCCAAGCUUUUCAUGACUAUGAUUCUAGGUUGGUGGGUGAGAUACAUAUUUCACUUAUAAGAUCCAUCAUUAGAGAUAUUGAAGAUGUUGCAAGAGUACCCUCCAUGGGGGUGGGAGCUAAUCAGAACUGUGCUCCAAAUCCUGGAGGCGGUCACCCUCAGAUUGUAGAAGGGGCAUAUGCAUGGGGAUUUGACAUCAAAAGCUGGAAGUGCAACUUAAAUUCACUGACAUGGCCUGAAAUAUUGCGGCAAUUUGCUGUAUCAGAAGGAUUUGGACCACAACUGAAGAAGAGGGCUUUUGAACCAUCAGUUCUUCAUGAGGAAAAUGAGGGUGAUGAUGUCAAAGAUAUAAUAUCCAAUUUACGCAAUGGAGUAGCUGCAAAAAAUGCCUUUGCUAUUAUGCAAGAAAGGGGUUUCUCUAACCCUCGCAAAUCAAGGCACCUCUUGACUCCUGGAACUGUGAAGUUUGCAGCAUUUCAUGUUCUUUCUCUUGAGGGGAGCAAGGGCCUAAAUAUAUUAGAAGUUGCAGACAGGAUUCAGAAAUCAGGACUGCGGGAUCUAACAACAAGCAAGACACCGGAAGCUUCGAUAGCUGCUGCUUUGACUAGGGACUCAAAACUGUUUGAGAGGACUGCUCCUUCUACUUACUGUGUACGUGCUGCCUACAGAAAGGACACAACUGAUUCGGAGGCAGUACUUUCUGCAGCCAGAGAAAGAAUCCAAAUAUUCAAUAGUAAGAUUUUUGAUGUAAAAGGAGGCGAUGAAGCUGAAAGAGAUGAGGAUCCUGAGGUUGAUGAUUUAGGUACUGAAGUAAGUCCAGAGACAGUAGCUCACAAUUCUGAAGAAUCCAAAAAAUUCAGGGAAGGAAUGUCCUUGGAAAGUAGAAAAGGAAGUUACGAGAUUAGUAAAGCUCCAGGAGAACUUAGGAAUGUCACUGAAGAAAUUCCUUCAAUCAAUUCUGAAGUUUUCGUCAAGGUUGAAGACACUGGUUGUUCCUUGAAUGAAUCUGUUGACGCGGCAGGAAUCUGCAACAAUAUAGCUAAUCAGGUUCAAGAAGAUACAGAGAUUGAUGAUAGCAACACUGGUGAGCCAUGGGUUCAGGGACUUACUGAAGGGGAGUACUCGGACCUUAGUGUUGAGGAGCGCCUUAAUGCACUUGUUGCUUUAAUUGGUGUGGCAAUAGAAGGAAACUCGAUUCGGAUUGUUCUUGAGGAACGUUUAGAAGCAGCAAAUGCUUUAAAGAAGCAAAUGUGGGCAGUAGGACAAUUUGAUAAAAGGCAUUUGAAAGAAGAACAUGUCAUCAAAAUGCAAUAUACCCCUUUCAGUGGGAACAGGACUGAGCAGAUCCUGACAGUUCCUUCUUCAGAAGAUAGGCAAAGUCCAUCUACUGUUGAUGAGAAAAACAUUGAGACGACUAUGAAGCUUUCCAUUUCACAAGAGCAGAUGGUUAUUCCACAAAAUGAGCAAAUUUAUAUCACCAGUUUGCCCUCUGUAGGAAACCUACAAAUGCAGGAGUUCCCUGUUGGUCCAGACAAUUACACAUCUCAGCAACCCAGUCUUAUUGCUGAUAAGUCACGCAAACAAUUUAAAUCCUACAUAGGUCAGAAAGCAGAGGAGAUUUAUGUUUAUCGAUCAUUGCCUCUCGGCCAGGACCGUAGGCAUAAUAGAUACUGGCAAUUUAUUACAUCUGCCUCUCCAAAUGAUCCUGGUUGUGGCAGGAUCUUUGUUGAGCUGCAUGAUGGUCGAUGGAGGCUGAUUGAUUCUGAAGAGGGCUUUGAUGGUCUUUUGGCAUCUUUGGAUGUGCGUGGGUAUAGGGAAUCUCAUUUACAGACAAUGUUGCAGAAGACUGAGAUAUUCUUCAAAGAAACUGUUAGAAGAAAGCUGCUGCAUUCUAACCGGAGGAGGCAUAUAAAAGACACUGCUAAAACUGAAGCUGUUGAAAUGCCUGGGUAUGAUUGCAGUGGUGGUCCGGGUAGCCCUACCAGCUCUGUUGUUGUCGCGGACUAUGAUAUGUUAGAGAGCUCAUUGACUUUUUCAAUUGAGCUGGGGAACAAUGAAACUGACAAAGCUGGUGCUUUAGACAGAUACCAAGAUCUGGAGAGGUGGAUUUGGAAAGAAUGCGUUGGGUCUUCAAUAUUAAGUGCCACCAAAAAUGGGAAAAAAAGGUGUCCCCAGCUUCUGGACCUCUGUAAUUCUUGCCGUGGACUUUUUUAUUUUGAAGAAAAUCAUUGUCACUCUUGCCAUAGAGCUUUUGCUAAGGGCGAAAUAGAUUUUUCACAUGAUGUUGGAUUGUGUAAAGAGAAACAGAACUUGAGUUCUGAUUGUAAUAAAAGCGGCUCAACCUCUUCUCCCUUUAAAAUCAGGUUGCUAAAGAUUCUAUUAGCUUUGAUUGAGGUUUCUGUUCCAUUAGAAGCUUUUCAACCUCUUUGGACCGAGAUGAACCGUAAAUCUUGGGGUAGGAAAUUACACUCCUCGACAUCAGCUGAAGACCUUCUCCAGGUUCUGGCAUCACUUGAGAGUGUUGUCAAGACAGAAUGUUUAUCUGCCAACUUUGAGACCACCGGUGAGCUGCUAGAUCGCGCCGAAGAAAAUGGAUGUGUUACUAGAAGCUAUUCUCCUCAUGAUACAGUUGCUGUGCUUCCAUGGAUACCACUUACAACCGCUGCAGUGGCUCUUAGGCUUAUGGAGUUUGAUGCAGCCAUCUCUAGCAUGCCACAGCAGAAGCUAGAUACUCAAAAGGAAAAGGAAACUGGGCUUUUUAUUAAGCUUCCAGCAAGAUCUACUGACAUGAAAAGUUCCCAGUCUAAGGAGAAGUCAGGAACUCCACAUCAAUCUGCAGAUUUCAAAGAAGACCACCAGGAGUCUCUGGGGAGUGGACUUGCUAGUUCUUGCCAUGGACAAGGCCGUGGUCAAGCUCGUAGUGGGAGAGUGCCAAAAAAGGCAGCUGGUUUGAGAGGCAAUUCUAGGAAGAAGAGUCGAGUUUCAACCAAAGAUAGAUUAGGACAGGUGCAAGUACUGAAAUGGAAAGGCAGACCACGUGGACGAGGAGGGCGAAAACGUGGAAAUCAGAGCAGUAAAGGCAAGGAGACAACGGUAGACAGGAUAACUAAGAUGGGUGGAAAGAUGACUUGCCCCACAGUGAGUGUCAUUUAUAGACCACCAAAGGACUUGGCUGAGAAUUGGAAUGUAGGUGAAACUGCAGCCAACAAUGCAAGUGGUUCGGGAAGGUCAGAGUAUGAAGAGGAAAAUGGCUAUGCAUCUGGAGGUGAAUUUGAUAAUGUGUGUGCGGAUGACUAUGGUUGUGGUUUCAAUGGCAAGUCUAACGAUCUAACGGGACGAGGUAAUCACAAUGUGAAAGGUGACGAUGUUAGUGUCAACGAGGAGGUGGACUCUGAUAAAAGUGAAGCUGCACAAGAUACAAAAGGGGAUUCGGGUGCCAGAUAUGUCAAUGGAGAGUGGGAUGACAUAGCUGAUAGACAUCAACUCAUCGAACUCGGAGAAGGUACCAGAUCCCCGUCUUCAGACUAUAGUGACUAAACUAACAUGAAAACUGUACAAAGUUGUAUUAGUCUUUAGUUCAGGGCUUCCAUGCAGUAUCCAUACAUUAUAACUAUGUAACAGGGCAGGUUGUCCCUCGUCGAUUAACUUAAAAAAUCAAGCGAUUUGAUCAAACGUAAUGCUUCAGAUACGCGUUUGAGAUGAUUGGAUUAGAACUAGUCUUGCAGUU